AAUAACGCAUAUGUUGUAUCUAAAUAUUGUUAAAAAAUAUGUAUUAACGUAUAAUUGCCCAUUAAGUUAAUCAUACCAUACAAGUUUUACGUGGUCAUUUAACCUUUUACGCAUCUGCUUACAGUGUCAAUUAAGAAAUUGGUCAGAGAGAAUCUUCAUAGAAAUAUGUUGCUGACAACAUAGGCACACGUCCAGCUAGCUAAUGAACACUAACGUUAAUUGGUUUCUCCUAGACAAUGUUGACAUUGUGUAUGACGUAUACCACAAGGAAUUCUUCUCGUAAUUAUAAGUAAUUAGCAAGUGAAUUAUUUAAUUAUAGGGAUUUCCUUUUAUAUAAAAUAAAUUUAAUUUGGUCUACAAAAACCCCUUGAAUCCAAAGCAUUGGAAACAAAGACCACCACCACUCCAUCCUCGAAACAACGUUGUGGUUUAUCGGAGAGGUAUGUCGGAAACAGGAGCGACGGCGAUUCUGAAGGAGGAGGUGGACAUAGUUAUCCCCACAAUAAGGAACCUGGAGUUCUUGGAGAAGUGGAGAGCGUUCUUUGAGCCUUACCACCUCAUAAUAGUGCAGGACGGUGACCCUUCUAAGGGCAUCAAGGUCCCCGAAGGCUUCGACUACGAACUCUACAACCGUAACGACAUCAACCGCAUUCUGGGCUCCAAGAGCCAUUGCAUUUCCUUCAAGGACUCUGCAUGCCGCUGCUUCGGCUUCUUGCUCUCCAAGAAGAAGUACAUCUUCACCAUCGACGAUGAUUGCUUUGUUGCAAAAGAUCCAUCUGGGAAAGAAAUAAACGCCCUGGAACAGCAUCUGAAGAAUCUUCUGACUCCAUCAACCCCGUUUUUCUUCAACACCCUCUACGAUCCGUUUAGAGAGGGUACAGAUUUUGUCCGUGGAUACCCGUUUAGUCUGCGUGAAGGUGUCCCUACAGCUGCUUCUCAUGGCCUCUGGCUCAACAUUCCUGAUUAUGAUGCCCCAACUCAGCUUGUCAAACCUCUGGAGAGGAACACCAGGUAUGUGGAUGCAGUAAUGACCAUACCAAAGGGAACCCUGUUUCCCAUGUGUGGAAUGAAUCUGGCAUUCAACCGUGAAUUAAUCGGUCCUGUAAUGUACUUUGGACUCAUGGGUGAUGGUCAACCUAUCGGACGCUAUGAUGACAUGUGGGCUGGUUGGUGCAUGAAGGUGAUAAGUGAUCAUCUGGGAUUCGGGGUGAAGACAGGUUUGCCUUACGUCUGGCACAGCAAAGCGAGCAACCCAUUUGUAAACCUUAAGAAGGAGUACAAAGGAAUUUACUGGCAAGAAGAGCUGAUUCCAUUUUUCCAAUCUGUUUCUCUUCCCAAGGAAUGCACUACUGCUCAGAAAUGCUACGUUGAACUAUCGAAACAAGUGAAGGCAAAACUUGGGAAGGUUGAUGAGUAUUUCAACAAGCUUGCAGAUAACAUGGUAACUUGGAUUGAAGCUUGGGAGGAACUAAACCCUUCUGUGGCACCAAAAUCUGAUGCAUUGCCCAAUGGCUCUGCCAAGUAACUUCUUCAUCACUAGGAUAUGCUUGUAGUCUUCAUUUUUCUUUUCUCUUUCCAUAGAACAAUAAAAUUUCAUCACUGCCUCCUCAACGUAUAUUUUUUAAUGUUUUCUUCAUCACUUUGAAAUGUAGCUUCUUACUAAACUUUGAAAUUUGGCAGCCAGGUUAUUGCUCUUGGUAAUGUCUUCUAA